AUGGGCACCAUCUAUGACAAGUUUGUGAACUCUCUGGCCCGCCUGUCAAAGACCGGGUACCGUCUGCCGAGCAGGGUUGCGCUGGCGCUCUCAGGCGGGGUAGACUCUGUCGUGCUCUUGAACCUCCUCGUGCGCUACAAACGGGAGAUCCGCCCGGACCUAGAGAUCCAUGCCCUCACCGUCGACCACGGCCUGCGAGCGGAGAGCACGCACGAGGCCCGCCGGCUCCAACAGGUGGUGCUCGGCGAGAUGGCGUACCCGGUUGCCCACGAGGUGUUGACCAUACGCACCCCCAUCAGCCGGCGCCAGGUCGAGCGCCACGCCCGGGACCUGCGCUAUGGGCUGCUGUACGCGUACUGCGAGCAGCGGGGUAUCCGCAGCGUUUUCAUGGGGCACCACCUCGACGACCAGCUCGAGACGUACGUGAUGCGCCUACUCUCGAACUCAACGCUCUUUGGGCUCGCCGGUAUCCGGCCGCUCGCGCCGGGCAACCUCCACGGGCGGCACGCGGUCGAUCUCGUGCGCCCGCUGCUUGGCGUGACAAAGGCCGACAUCUACGGGCACGCGCGGGCCCAGUCGUUGACGUGGUUCGAGGACCGCACAAACGCGGAUGCCGGGCUCACGGCGCGCAAUCAGCUCGACACACAGCUCAUGUCGCUGACGCUCCGGAUCGGCGUGCGCUGGGAGCACUUUCGGGCCGGGCUAGGCCCGAUCGACUUCCUGGCGAUGGAUCGCUGGAUCUUCAACCAGGUGUGGCUGAUCUCUCCGAGCAGGAAGUAUCUUUAUGGCUACACGAAGUUUGAUAGCAACGUCCUAUACGACAACCGACUCUUUAUCAUUGUGGGCGGCAGCAGCAAGGGUGCAAGGAAGGCUGCUGUUGCAACAGACUUGCAGGAUCUACAGUGCUCGCAUGAGUUGAAGGUGCAAAACUUCAACAUGGCCCAACAUUCCGUUGCAGAUAGCCUAACGAGGCAGCUGAUGCUGGCGCUGGGACUAGACCCGGAACUGGGCCCGGAUUGGGAUCUCACAUUUCGCCCGAACUGGACAGCAGGAUCGUCUAAGAGUGUCAAGAGACAAAUGCAUAAAUUGACAAUAAGGAGACCUUAA